AUGUUGUUAAUCCUCGGAAAAAGAGGUUAUCUUAGAUGGGAAAGAAACCUUGAUGAGUGGUUUCACUACAACAACAUCCAGAAAAAGGAGAGGUUGUUUUAUGCCAUUGAUCAACUAAAAGAUGAUGCCUUUAAAUGGUGGGUACAAGAAGAAGAUGAUAGGUGGUUUUACAAGGAGCCAACUAUCAAAACAUGGAGAGCUCUUAAGGAAGUCAUGAGAUAUGAGUUUGCACCAGGUUUUACAAGUUCUGAAAUCCAGGAACUUUAUCCAAGGAGGUAUCCAACUCAUGGUUCUAAAGAGGCAAAGAGAAUGGUGCCACAACAAAGCCAUAGAAGCUUAAUCCACCAAGACCAGAUUCGGCCAAACAAGAGGUCCACGGUUUUAUAUGAUCAAUACCAGCCUUAUGAGGUCCCAAAGGCCAUGGAGAAGAAGAACUUUGGUGUUAAGACAGGUCCUGAGGUCCAGGAAGACACGAUCUCCACAUCCUUGUUGAGAUCAAAAGUUGUCCAUGAUUUAAUUCCAAGAGACAAGGAGAUUUUAAACCCAAAGAAAGAAGGGCCAUCAAACCAAUGUCUUGAGGAACCAAGAGAAGGAGAGCCAUCAGUAGUAACCCACGUGGUCGACCAGAAGAUGAUUCAAGACACCAAGCAGUCGAUCUUGCUUAAAGAAGCAAAACCGAUCAUAAAAGUAUCUCACCAAGGGAGUAAAAGUGAAAGCUAUAUGCUUACUGAAGUUCCAAGGAAGGAACCAAACCAUAAGCUCAGCCAUGAACCAACUCACAAGUGGAAGCCUAAAAUUGAACUAAGUGUUGUUCAAAUGCCAAGGCUUAAGGUAUAA